GAUCUUCCCUGCAUUUUUAUUGGUUUCCUUAAAAGCAAAGACCCCAGUGAUGGGACAGAGCAGGCAUUACUGAACAAGCUAGCUUCUUUUGAUGAUUAUAUAAAAGAAAAUGAGGUAUGGCAUGGUCAAAUUCCAUUUGAGUCCUUCGGUAACCUCCACUCACUACAUGUCGAGAAUUGUGCAUCACUAUUGAAAUUCUUGCCAUCCUUUUUGCUACGCAGCUUACGGAAUUUGGAAGUAGUAAUUUUAAAAAACUGUGAUCUACUAGAAGAAGUAUUUGAUCUUGAAGGUAUAGAUGUUAAUAAUGAAUAUGUUCGGCUGCUCUCUAAGUUGAAAAAAUUAACCUCAAUUGGUCUUCCUAAGUUGAGGCAUAUAUGCAACAAGGACCCUAGAGACAACUUGUGCUUCCAAAACCUGAAAUGGCUGAAUGUGGACAACUGUGGCAGCUUGAGAAACCUUUUCCUUCCUUCUAUGGCCUCAGAUCCUAUGCCACUUGGAGGUGUAGAAGUGAUGGCUAUAGGCAAUAUCGUAUUUCCUCAAUUAACCCACCUUUCACUAGAAUUUUUGCCCAACCUAACAAGUGUCUAUCCAGGAUGUCAUUCUCUACAACAGCUUGACCAUGGAAACCUAGAUGUGCCCUUUGGAGUGCUCUUCAAUGAAAAUGUAGCAUUUCCUAGCUUGGAAUUAUUAAAUGUCUCAGGCCUAGAUAAUGUGGAAAAGAUAUGGCACAACCAACUUCUUGAAGAUUCAUUUUCCCAACUAAAAGAGAUUAGGGUAGCAUCCUGUGGAAAACUGCUGAAUAUUUUUCCAUCCAGUAUGCUGAACAGGUUACAGAGUCUACAGUUUCUGAGAGCGGUGGACUGUAGUUCAUUACAAGUGGUUUAUGACAUGGAGUGGAUAAAUGUUAAGGAAGCUGUAACAGCCACUGUGUUGAGCAAACUGGUUUUAUAUUUUCUACCAAGCCUUGAGCAUAUAUGGAAUAAGGAUCCCUAUGGAAUUCUCACCUUUCAAAACUUGAGGUUAUUAGAAGUUGGUCAUUGUCAGAGUCUAAAAUACCUUUUUCCAGCCUCUUUAGUUAGAGACCUUGUGCAACUUCAGGACCUGUAGGUAUCAUCUUGUGGAGUAGAGGAACUUGUUGUGAAGGAAGAUGGAGUGGAGACAACUCCUAGGUUUGUAUUCCCUAUAUGACCUCUCUGAGACUGUUGAAUCUGCAACAAGUCAAGAGUUUCUACCCUGGGACACAUACUUCAGAAUGGCCUUUGUUGAAAAAGCUGGAGGUGCGUGAAUGUGAUAAGAGUGAAGAUAUUUGCUUACAAAAUUCCAACAUUCCAAGAAGUACAUCUGGAGGGCAAUGUUGAUAUCACAAUUCAACAACCACUUGCCUUAUUCAAGACAGUAUGAAUUCCAACAUUUCUGGGUUUAAUUAGCCUCAAGUUGCAUACUUGCCAUGUUUCAUUAAAUUUUCCAUUUGGUUCAUGUCAUGUCAACAAUUAGUAUACAUGUCAAAGGACAGCUUUGCUGUCCACCCUUCUUUCCUUAUUUUAGCCCACAAUUGUUUCCUUAUUUCUCCAUUUAUUAUUCUGUAUAGUUA